GACAAAGCAGUUUGCCAAACCCCAGGAAAAAGCUUCCAUUUCAAGAAUAGGCUGCAUGGGUGGAGGGUGACCAUGCUGCAUGCACCUUCUAUGAGUAAUUUUGGUUGAGUGUACUUGCUUCUCUAUGGAAAGAAGGUGAGGAGGGGAAGAAGUGACUGCUGAUGGAAAAUGGAAGGAAAAGAGGGUGUUAGACAUAUAAGGUCAAAGUUUGAAGGGCACAGGCAUGAAGUCUCUGAAAAGAGUGACAGGUCCAUGCAUCAGCCAGCAGCAUCAUCUGCAAAGGAGCAGAGAGAUGCACUUCAAACUGGGUUCAAGACCAACCAAUCACCUAAACUAGCAGAACCAAAAAGGAUGGAUUUAACAAAUGCUCCCUUGUCUCAGAGUAGACUCCAAGGCCUGGAACAAAGAUUACCAGAUCAUCGUUUUUUUGCAAAACCUGCACUGGUGCCCAAGUCAAAGAAUGGGAAGGUAGUGGAAUCCAGCUUGUACCCAGCCGGUCUGAAAACAGAAAUGAAAGACGCACCACCAAAACAGACAGCUGCAAGGGGCAACAUAAACCUUCCUCAGAAAAGCCUGAAUCAGCACAAAUGGCCACCGAUCCCAUAUUCUAAGAAUGAAGGAGUAAGUUCGGGUACUUUGCAAACUCCUACCACAGGGACAGCUGUCCCAGCCCCAGUGGAUACUCCAUGGAGUGUAACUGAGAAAGACCUCGCAAAGGUUCCUAGGAAAAAGCCUCUCCCGCAAGCAAGACCACUGCAGUCGAAACCAGUCAAACCCAGUCGCCCUCCUGUAGUGGAUCUAGAGAGGUUCAGGAAGGCCCAAGCACAUGCUUCUGUACCAGAGCCACAGAGAGAUGUGCGGCAUGGUUACUCGAAGCCAGAUCCUGCUUCCUUUGUACGAGUUCCACCUAAAGCUGCUCCAUUUCCUCACGCCUCAAGUUUAGCAGGAGAACAAGAUGAGCUAUAUGAUGAUGUGGAAACAGUUGGACCAGUCAACAAAGGCAAACAGCUCCUAUUACUCCCUGCUUCCCAGCCCUCAGCCUCUUUCCGUUCUGGACAAGGUGGAAGGACUGGUCUGACCCCUGGCAGAUUUCCUUCAGACUUCGCCACACUGAGAAAAUCCCAUAUUUCAAAACAAAGAAGGGAAAAUGUGAAGAAUCUCAAAGACUACAAGAAAGAAGAGAAAGCAGAUAGGGAAUUUCAGAAGAAAUUCAAGUUCGAAGGAGAAAUCCGAGUUUUGACACGCAUGAUGAUCGAUCCCGCUGCGACUGAGAAAAGAGGAGGCGGGAAGAAUCUUCCAGUCAAACGAGGAGAAAUUGUGGAUGUCAUUCAGUUUACAAGUCAUGAGAAAAUUAUCUGCCGAAACAGCCAGUGGAAAUAUGGCUACAUUCCCAGGGCAGUGCUGCUGCAUCUGGAUGCUGAUAUUUAUGAUGAUGUUGACAUUUGUGAUGAAAUAACGAAUGUUGCAGUCAAAACCGGCAAGUGAUUUCACAAGCAUAAGAUGUUAUGAGGACUAAAAUAUAAAAAAAAAUUAUACGCAACUUUCUGUCUUCAGAACGGGAGCGUCAUUCUCCAGAACUUCCCUGUAAAAGCAACCAGUCCUUUGUACCAUUUGUUUGGUUUUUCAUUUUUAGUAUGUCAGGAUUCUGGGAGGAUUUUGUCCCGCUUGAAAGCAAAAUUUAGGAAAAUUAGGAACUCCAGCAGUAUUCACAGAGUUUGCUUCCAAAUGUAAUAAGCCUAGGCCCAGCUGGGUAGAGCCAGUCCCAGGCUCCAGCUGGGAGUAAUCCGGGAAGUAGGCUGAGCCACCCCACACAAAGAAGUUCCCUGUCCACACUGGCCUUAUAACCUUGGAGCAGACGGCAACAAAGUGAUCUGGGUAAUAGAUUGUCUUGGCUGGUUUGCAAUGCCCAACCUGACCCCUUUGGUUAAAGCGUUGUCUGGAAUUUAGAUUUAAUUUCAGUUCCUGGCUUUUCCACAGACUUCCUGUAUGCCUUUGGGCAAGUCACUUCUGUGUUUUAGUUCCCUUUUGGGGCAAGGACUGUCUCCGUUUGCUCGUAUUUACAUUUACGCACAACAGGACCCUGACCUUGGCUGGGACCUCUGGGCGCUGCUGUGUUGCAAGCAAUAACGCUGGUUAUUUCAAAGAGUUCUUUACCAGCAGCACUUUUGGUUACUUGUUCUCUUAACUGUUGUCUCUCAGGAGUUUGCAUAUCUCCUUUUAGUCUGGGCAGAUGUUCACUGCAGAGUUCACUCAAGUCAGCCACAUGACAGUGGCUUCUCUUGAGUUGGCCCAGCUUGAGAAAGUGGCCACGCAGUGAAGUAAUGGUCAUAUUGCGAUGUCCACACUGGCACUGCAUUCACUGCAGCAUAUAAACUUCCUGGGGCGCAUCCCUGCAAUUCUUUUAUUCUGUCAAGCUGACUUAUUCUGUGACUUUCUUCCCAGAGACUUGGGAGAGAACUUGUUGGUCCUGUCUGGACAGUUGUGGGGAGCCAUGGGAAGACCCUGAAAGAUUAGUUGUGCACUAGUGGGGACACACAUCCCUGCGGUAAUUAUAUUAACAGCUAGCAAGUGUAGUGACCUGGGGUAAUAGCCUGUAACAGGCCAGUUCCACUUCAGACCAGUACCCUGCUCAAGAUAAGAGUUUGUGCAUGCGUAGGUCUUGAGUUAGGGGCAACAUUCAAGUUGCAAUGUGAGUCAACACUGCAUUGAAGACAAGUGUCCAGUUCAAAUCAUAUCAAGGGCCCCUGCCCUUCAACAAAGCCUCCCGUGGACUUUGGUAUAUUCCAUUUGUCUUCUAUCGGGUUUGGCUGGAGUCUGCUUGCUCAGACUCAGCACUUACACAUUUCUGCCAAUCUAACGUCUCACAUAAAUGCAACUUAUCCACGGGUUAUUGCUUUAGAAAGCCUUUUCAGGGUGCAGGUGCUGUCUUUAAUGUCAUUCCUCCAUGUUAUAUAUGUGAAGUCUUGCUUUUACUCCGAAAUAACUGAGCUGAUCCUUGGAUGACCGUAUUAGGAAAUGUUCUUUUUGCAGUUCUCUCCUACACUGCAGAGUCUUAUGUUAAACCCAUGUGUGGUGUGUGGGGGAUAUACUAAAACUAACUAUUAUUAUUAUUAUUAU